UCUGUCCGAGAUGGGGAUCCGAAAAAAGACCACGAACAAGAAUCCGCCGGUGAUGAGCCACGAGUUUGUGAUCCAAAAUCAUGCAGAUAUCGUCUCCUGUGUUGCGAUGGUCUUCCUCCUCGGGCUAAUGUUUGAGAUAACCUCAAAGUUUGCAGUGUGCUUCAUAACCAUCCAGCACAAUGUCACCAUAACAACAAAUGAAGGCCCAGAACAGACGACUAUUAACCAUUUUCAACAUGGUAUCAAAGAUUUGGCCACCAUCUUCUUCUACAUGCUGGUGGCUAUUAUCAUGCAUGCAAUCAUCCAGGAAUAUGUGCUGGAUAAAAUUAACAAGAAGAAGCAUUUCUCCAAAACAAAGCACAGCAAGUUCAAUGAGUCUGGACAGCUCAGUGCCUUCUAUCUGUUUUCAUUCAGCUGGGGUGCUAGCAUCCUUGUGUCUGAAAACUUUUUAUCUAACCCAGUCACCCUGUGGGAAGAUUAUCCCCACAUUCUGAUGCCAUUUCAGAUGAAGUUCUUCUACAUUUGUCAGCUGGGUUACUGGUUACAUGCUCUUCCUGAACUCUACUUUCAGAAAACAAAGAAAGAGGAUAUUCCACGUCAGCUUGUGUACAUCCUUCUCUACCUGGUCCACAUUGCGGGGGCUUACAUUUUGAACUUGAAUCGCUUGGGCCUGGUUUUGCUCGUCUUGCACUACUUUGUUGAGCUGCUUUUCCAUGUUUCCCGCCUGAUCUACUUCAGCAAUGAGAAUCGACAGAUGGGGUUCACCAUGUGGGCGGUCUUGUUUGUCCUUGGGCGACUGCUCACUCUAUCCUUGUCUGUCCUCACGGUUGGAUUCGGCCUUGCCAAUGCUGAGAACCAAGGCUUUGACUGGGCUGCAGGAAACUUUAAUAUACUCUUUGUUAGGAUCACAGUGCUCGCUGCUGUCUGCUUCACCCAAGCCUUUAUGAUGUUGAAAUUUAUCAAAUUCCAACUGCGCCGGUGGAGAGAGCACGCUGAAGCCCAGAGUCUCAAGAAGAAGCAGGUUAUCAACAAGGGAAAAUCAAAGAAAGACAAAGCUAAUGGAGUAAAUGGAGUUCAUGCUCAUGAUUCACCGAGAUCAAGGAAAGAGAAAUCGUCAUAAGAAAGCCAUUUAUAAACAGUUGCUCAAACUCCCCAUGCCCUGCCCGGACCUACCAACAGAUUCACUGGCUCUCUGCUGUGGUACACCUCUUCAGCUCCCUCAGCCUCCCCACUGGGCAUGAACAUCAAUGUAGAUUUGGCCGGUAGGAAGUUGUCCAACACGCCUUGGUUCAAUAUGCAUUGUGCUACUGUGCCAUUUUGGAAAAAGACCACCAAUUUUGUUGAAUUCAAAAGUGCCUAUUGAUAAAGACAUUUACUGUGGCAGUGAAAUUUUAAGAAUGUCACUUUGUGCUUCUCCCAAAAUACAGGGCAUUCCAGUUUUUGUUUGUUUUCCACCACUCUGCUUCUCACUGCCUUUUGAUUUAUUAAUUAUGUCUUGCAAGUUAUUUCUUUUCUUGUUAUUUCACAAUCUUAGGUUGCGUUAUAGGACGAUUGUUUCCGUUACCCCUUGAGUGGUUUGUCCAAACCACUCACAGGAGUUCUUAACAUUUGGCAGUAGGAUAUAUUGCCAUGAGUGCAUUGAAGAUGCUGAUUUGUUUGCAGCUGUAAAAUUAUUGUCUGGUGUAUUUGAUUUAAUUUGUGACAAACAUUCCUGUUUGAAUGUAAUUCUCAUAAUUUUCUUUGCUGUUGUAGAUUUCAUGAGACUUAGCCUUGAUGUAAAAACAGUGUCUGGAAAUAAGAAUAUUUUCGUACUACCACAGGCUGUGCCAAACAAGGAAUCCCCUGACCGGUUAAUUUAUGCCUACAAUAUGCCAUGAAAUGAUUCCACUUUUUAUAAGCUGUACUAGUCCUUAUGGUACAGUUAGGUCCUAUAAAGACACACUGCAUUAGCAGUGUACCAAUAGCCUAUAUUUUCUGGAGGUUUUACCUGUCAUGAUAAAUAAAAUGUUUUAUGGAAGAA